GCGUCACCUAGCGAGGACUACAGCAGACAAUCUCACGCUUUCGUAUUGGGAACGAUCAUCGCAUAUUUAUGUCUUUCGAAUAACAAACAAGCAAAAGUCUGCUAGUAUCGUACCGUUAAUAUUCGCCGAAUUUCGAAGCGGACACGUCGUACAAAAUGCGCGGAAUCAUUCUGCUCAGUAAGAACGCAUAAUUAUGAUACAACUGGACCGGUGUUCGAGAAUCGAAAUAAUGCGAGGUGGACAAGUAUGAAAUAUUAAACAUGUCUCAUGGCUGGAGGCAGGAACAACAACAAGCGAAGUGGAAAUUUAGACAGAACACAUCAAUGGCACUGUUGCCAUCAACCGUAUGCUUCUGUCGUGCCUGAACUUCCUUCGAGCAUUACAUUUAAAAAGUAUCAGCUUGCCGAGAAGAAUCGCAUUAUUGCAAAAAGUCUUAGCGAUCUACAAAAUAAUAUUUGGAGAAUAUUUACGGACUCCUUGUAUUGUGAUCUUAACAUAAUACAUGGAUAUAAUAUAAUACGAACAAACCAGUGUGUCGUUAAAACCAGAGCACCACAUUUUUAUAAGGUUCUCCAACCUUAUUUUAUAUACGUUAAUAAUCAUAUUGAUUGCAUCCUUGAUAAACCAGGAAUUUUUCAUCAUAUUCAAGGCUUUGUGAGGCGUUUGUAUAGCAAUACAAAUUUAUUGCAAGAAGAGCAGAUAUUGGUGGAACUCAUUUCGAAUGUUACUUAUACAUCGAAACUUGUGAACGCAUCUCGCGUUAAUGUUACUUUCAACAUCGACAAAAGGUAUGCGGAUUGCCCAAAAACAGAUUGCAGUUCAACGGUAAAAUUUAGAAAUGCAAGAAACGUAGAGGAGUACGUUGCAGCGGAUGUAAGUCCCACUUUAUCCGAUAUGGCUGAUUCUGGUUUAGAAACUGGUUCUGUAAGUCCACACGAAAACACGGCCUCCGAAAAUUCGAGUACCGAUUUCGAAGAAUUACAAGUCACCGAAUAUACAUCUACGAACGAAGAGUUUGACAAGAUACGCGUUAGGUGUGUCAAUAAUAGAGAUCAGAAGGUAGUCGUAGAUUCGGAUCGCUAUGAUUCCGCCAAUAAUUACAAUAGUACAUGCCAUAUAAGAGACUUGGUGGAAUCAGGAUUGAUGGAAUGCGCAUCGAACGACCAUAGCGCAACAUGCUCUUCCGUCGACGCGGAACAACCGCAUCUAGAUUCCUCUAGUUCGUCGGCAGAGAACGCUCAAAAGGCUAAAUUGCACACGGAUGAAAUUUUUCAAUAUGAAAACCAAGUCCUUAGCGAUCCAUUUUACGAAUCGGACUGUGGCAGCGAUGAAAACGAAUUGUUUGAAUUCGUUGACCUCGGCAAUGCAUCUUCUGUAAAUACCGAUGUGGAGAAGGAAUCGACUAAAGGAGAGUCCACGGAGAAGCCGCAAGAAGAAAAGAAACUGGCCAGCCAUGAUUGCUCUCAAGGUGGAACUACGCAAUCAGAAAAUGCAAGGCUCGAAGAAUCGUGCGAAGCGCCGAAACAGAAAAGUUCCUGUAGCACAAGCAACUAUUACUUUAUCGAUGCCUCGACCCUUAGCGACGAAGUUGUGGUACCAACUUCGAAGGUAACCAAAAAUCUAUGUCUCGUUGAAAAGCCGCAAUUGUAUUCUUCCUAUCCUUCCGAAUAUGCCGCAAGCAAAAGCAAAUCGAACGAUUCUGCCGAUGAGCAAUGUUACAAAUUUACAUCCGUUAAAACUAGUAAUUUGCAAACUGGACACGAAAGGGUGGCAGAGUUUGAGAGAGAGUUGAAGCUCACGGAAUACCUGGAACCGCUUACGGAUACAAGAAAGAUAAGAAGAACCGAUUCAACGUCCGAAGAUAAAAUUAAUAUAAGCACCGAAACGAACAAAGAGUCUUUAGUUGUAGAAAUUAAGGAGGCUGACAGCGGCGAGAGCUCGCACCCGUCUCCUUAUCCCGACAAUAAUAAGAAUAUGAAUAACGAUCGACACGGUGUGCCGCGAACGAAUACCGACAAUGAAGCCGCCCCGGUGAACUUGGUAAGUGACAAAGGAGAAAUCACCGAGAAAACCGAUGCCGAAGAUCCAAACUUUGCGGAAGACACCCGACGACCCUCUCUUAUCAGGAGAAACACAUUCGAGUUGGAUUCUAACGACGAGAAGUUGUCGGUGUUGAGACAAGAAUAUGAACGGCGGCAGGGUACUUUGGUAUUCCAAAAUGCUAUACCUCAAUAUUCAGGACAUCGCGUCGACGGCGAUUCAUGUUUUAUCCCACCAGACGAACCCUCGAUUCCCAUGAGCAACGUGCUCAACAAAUUUACCAUGGAUGUUCCAAUCUCAUCCGCUACUCAAUAUCAUGCGAUGCCAUAUCUGUCACUGGACAAUGGAAAAUACGAGGUUGAUCAGAUGUCGGCGGAUUCUGGUAAUCCUCAGCAGAACGACGGUAAAACUAGCGUAACUUAUCCAGUAACUAAAAGUGCCAGCGAUAAAAUGGUAAUGGACUACGACGUAGAGCCGGACAAUGGAUCGAGCAGUUGUAGCAACAGUCUGCCGGUCACGUUGAACUGUAUAUUGGAAAAGGACGCUAAAACGGAUAUCUUGAAAAAGACUGUUAAGAAUAUCAAGUGUGACGAGACUACACCGAUUAUUUCGGGUGGAGUUAGCACGUCCGACUAUUCAAAACCUACCGAUAGUCCUACUGUGCGACGGAAAACGGAGUCUACUCCUAUUGUUUCAGGAGGUUCUGUCAUCAUGAGCGAACCUGAAGUAAGAGUGAAAUCAGCGAGAAUGUCUUCUUCAAUGACCGCGUGGGUGGUCGACAUGAGCGACUGCAACAAAAACGACCCGAAACCAACGUCAAAUUCCCAUGUAGGCAUGUCUCAAAGUUUUUCAACUUCUGAAUGCGUGAAAAAACCAAUUAUGAGGAAAACAAGUAGCCAUGAAAAGCACGGUAGCCUGGGAUUUUUCGUUAACUUGAAAGAUAUGGAUUGCAAGCCGAUUACUCAACAGCAGCAGCAGCAGCAGCCGCAGCAGCAACAACAACAACAACAACAACAACAACAACAACAGCUGCAGCAACAGCAGAUUUGUCUACCACAGAGAAGAGAUCAACAAGAAGGUAGCAAAUCCUACUGCGAAUUUUAUGUUGACAUGUCUGCAGCGAAUAGCGUAUCGAAGAUCAAGAAAAUUGAAACGGAAGACUCUGCCGCCAAGCCUGACAAGGUCGUUGAAGGAGCGGACAAGAAGAAUAUAUUCUCUAUGUUCAUAGAUUUAAGUGAUCCGCCUACGAGCGCAGAGACCACUGUACAGGCAACGCACAGAAGAAGUUUUUCCACGUUUUAUGACAAACGUGUGGAAUUCAAAUCGGAGGACAGUAUCAAAUCAGAGAACACUACUGCUAGAGAAGACCAAUCGUUGAGCGAUCAAAAAUGCGUUAGAGAGAAGGCCAAGCCAAGCGUGUUUAUGUACAUAGAGUCUGAUUCUCCGGUAGUUAGAAGAAGGACUUUGUCCACGUCGCGACCAACGUUCAAACGACAUUCGUGGAAUGUCGAUAAGACCCAAGGUGCUAAUACCAAUAACGGACACAUCGCGAAAGAAAUUAUAUUCAGGAAAGAGCACAAACGGGCGCACAGUCUCUCCGUAGACCGUGGAGACUUGAAGAAAGUACAAGCGAAGCCCAGUUCUUCGAGUCAUUCUUUGAGCGACGCGAUAAAACCGGAAUGCGGCUCUCAAAGAAACUCGAAACUACUGAAGGAGGGUAACGGAGCAUUGAGUAAUAUGGACACAUCUUCGGAGGACGCCUUUGAAUACGAUACAAGAGACACACCCCCGAAUUCUCACGUCGAAGUGAUCAACGAAGAACUUCGUGUGAGCAUAAAGGAACACGACUACACGGAGUUGAAAGCCGACCGAAUCGGAGACAACGUUAACGCUACGGAUCCCAAGACGUACGAGGAUGAAUUUUCAGAGCCUUCCGCGUGGGAGAAAACUUGUACAGAGAGCACCGAAGGACAAACGCGUAAAAGCGAAACAUUUGAUAUUAGUAGCGGUAGCGGACCAUCCCCCGACAGCGAUAAUCACGAUUACGAAUUGUCAGAAUUAUUGAACGGUGAAGUGCCAAACAUAGAUCGAGCACAAGUAGUGCCUGCCGUAGGUAAUAAGAUAUCUGAAACGCAUAAAUCUUUGAACGAAACGAUCAAGAAGAUCGAAAGCGAGUUCAAGGGUCCGGAUUAUGAGAAGCCAGGGACAACGUACGAGAAUCGCAACGUUACGUCGAAAAAAAGUGACAGAGUUAUGGGACUUAAUCUGAAAGCGACUGCAUCCACCUUUGUAAGGUUGUCGGAUUUGGAUAAGACGCCUAUAGCGUCCCACGCGUCGGACACUUUGAUCGUAAAAGAAGAUAGAACCGCGUAUCGAAUGUGCAACAGCAUCCCAGAAACUUCCUGGAUCGAGAGUAAGUUAGUUGUGUCUAGGACGAAUGGAUCGGUCAGACCGUUGCCCAGAAAAUUCACAUCGAUCAUGAGCACUUCUUUGCCGUCUAAACAAAAAUCUCCUCUGGAAGACCUGACCGGAGAGUACGAUGGCGAAGGUAUUAUAUCGGAAUCAGAUUUGAGUAGUAUGCAGAGUAGCAUGGGUCGUUCCGGGGCAGAAGGAAGCACAGAGGAAACGGAAACGUCGAGUUUAGCAGGAGGAAGACCAUACAACCGAUUAGGAGAAGAUCUGUUAAGGAUGUUUUUGGAAGAAAUUAAUCCGGAUGUUACAAUCGAUGUUGCUGGUCGGCGUAUAAGAGCACACAAAUGUAUAUUGAGUUCUCGUUGUCAAUACUUUGCAGCAAUUCUCAGCGGAGGAUGGAUUGAAAGCGCAGGGAAUGUUAUAUCUUUGCAAGGAUAUUCUUAUGAUGCCGUACACUUCGCGUUGUGCCACAUUUACAGUGGAGAAAGUAACAUACCAGAUUCUAUAAGCAUAGUAGAGUUAGCGACAUUGGCUGACAUGCUGUGUUUGGAGGGGCUCAAAGAAGUUAUAGGUUAUACACUCAAAGUGAAAUAUUGCCACCUGUUUCAUAAGCCUUGCCAAGUAUGCGCUGUGGGUGUCUUGGAGUGUAUGCCUUUGGCAGCAGCUUACGGUCUGGACGAAGUGUAUCGAAAAUCUCUUCGUUGGGUUACAAGACAUUUUGUACGAAUAUGGCCAUGCAAAGCGUUUGCGACUCUUCCAAGAGAACUGAUGGAAAAAUGUUAUCAUCAGCAUAUUGUGCACAUGUCGACGGACAAUGUGCUUCAAACUAUGAUGGACUGUGAUAAACUUCUCGCAACCCUGCCAAACGUUCGUUGGGCAGAACCAGUGUUUAGAAUGGUUUCGAAUUUGCUAGAAACGUCGGUCAAGUUUUUAUCGGAGAAUUUCUCAGGGGUAUUGGGCAAUGAAAAUUUUCAGUCCCUUGGCCGAGAGUUGACAUGGAACAUUAGUCGAUUGGAAGACAAUUUUUUGGCUGCUGCUGAACACUUGCCUCCCGAACAAGCGUGUAAAAGUUAUUCAAAGUUGCAUAAGAUGUUGGCUUCGGUGCAAGUGGACGAAGCACAGGAAAAAACCAAAUGGGGUCCUUUAUUCGUUGACUUUCUGAAGAAAAUACAGAGUCGUGUGGAAAAGUGCUUGGUCAGAGACGCGACUCGAGCAGCAAGAACUACAACAUGGUUAAAAAUGGAUUUAGAAUUGCGUCGUAGAAUACAAGAGUUGGCUUGCCUUGUCAUUCUACCUCAUGAAACUGUGAAACGCCAGUCAAGACAUUCGAACUUUGUCAAAGAACCUAAAUUAGCACCGAAUCGGACAACGACGAAUCGCAGUUUGGAUUUGAAGCGUGUAAAAAUGGUUAUAUCCAAACACAACGAUAAAACUUUGAAACAAAUGGUAACUGUACAACAACCGAAGAAAGUACUUAAUAAACCUAAAAGCGAUCCAUUGGAACGUAAAGUGCAAGAAGAGAAACCACCAGCUCCUCCUGCAGAAACAUCAAGACCUAAAUCAUGGCCGAAUAAAAUCGAAGUAAAAUCGAGGUACUUAGAGCCUAGAAAUAAAUCUGUUCCCAAAGAAACCAUACAACCAUCGCAGCCGCAGGAGAAGGUAUUGGUACCGCAACGACGAAAGAUAAUGAUUUCAUCUUCAGACUCGUCUCGAACAUCUAGUCCCGCCAUGAAGCGCGCUACAGAUAAAAAGCCACUGGCUAAGAUAAAGUUACGCAUAAAGAAGGAUGUGAAAGCUCUUUCCUCCGACAGUUUAACCGACCCUAAUUCGACUAAACCGACCAAUACGAAGGAUUCGAUUAGCAAAAGUUGCGGCAUCACGCGUCCCGAAUCGCCAUCUUUCAAACAAAAGAACGCCGAGGUAGGGUUGUCUGUGGAUUCGCUAGCAGAAUCAAAGAAUAAGCCUGCUACGGCUGCGAAGAAGAAAACCACUAAAAUGGAUACCUCGAUGUCCACGGAUAGUCUUAUGACCGAGAUAACGACCACGCCUAAAUCGAAUGUAUCCAACAAACUGUCGCCGACUCUAGGGAAAACGUUGAGCAAAACGCAAGCUUACGACAAGGUGAAAAAGAGUUCACCACCGAUGCAGCAAAGAAGUCCGUUGACGGCAACUCGAAGGCCUCUGAAAUCUUUGGAGAGUUCAACCGCUGCUAGUAGAAGCAGAGCAGCAGCUAUAAGCGCUUACCACGGCUCGCCUAGUUUACGAAGAAAUCUUCUCGAUGCCGCAAAGACACCGGAUAUCCCAAGUAAGUCAUUGAAUAACGUGUCUAGUAAAGUCGCGAGUACGCGGCCAGUUGCACAGUCCGCGAUCAGUCAUCCUAAUCUGAAAAGAGAAAAGAAAGAAGGAUUGCCGAAUCAACAGGGCUCCGAAAGCCCUAGUAAAAGAUCUUCCCCAAUAUCAUCUGGCGCUUAUAAAGCAAACAAAGCUGCGGUUACCAAUAAAAGGACGACUAAUGUUAAGGCCCCGAGCGACGAAAAGGUCAAAAAUAAGUGCCAUAACGGGGAAGUUGCGAAGCAACCUACGGUGGGUUCCAGAUCGGGCACCUUUCUAAAAGACGAACCCACGAUACUUAAGAAAGCCGAUAUUAAAUCUUCUCAGAUCAAUACUUAAGUUUAUAGACUGGUCGCUGUAUAUGUUUCCGUGGAUACAUUGCACCGUUAGACUUACAACUUAUAAAUAUAAAUAUAUCAAACAAAAAAUCGUCAUCUGUAAUUGCAAACGUGAUAAUUCCAACUGCGAAUUCAUACUAUGUGUAAAGAUAGAAUUACGUAUAAUUUUAAUUUAACGUAAGUUGCAGUUGACACAACCGUCAAGGGAUACAUAUAUUUAAAAUGCAUUUACUAGAUAUAUAGAAAAUGUGCUAUGAUUUUGUUGUAGCGUUAAAAAUAUCUAUAAAUGAAAUAAUAUGGCACUAGAGAUACACAAGCUUUGGAUGAAAUCGUUUUUUCAAUUAUCCGGUCUCUGGCAGAGAUUCUGUCGGUCUCGAAGUCAGAAACUCCGAUAGUCUUGUUAGCGACAACUUCGAUAUCGGUCGUAUUCGGUUCAUUAUACUUCGCAACCAUAUUGAUAAAACUAUCACGUUUGAUCGCAAGUGCAGCUAGCUUAACGUCCCACCCAAUUUUCAACCAAUGUGCGCAUUAAUAUGUCAUAGUAUUACACACUACGUACUUGUAGAUCGUAGAUCUAACAUGGCCAGUUAGAUAAUAAUUAGAUAGAUCUUUCUUUCUCUUCCAUGUUAAAAAAAGCCAUAUCACCCAAAAUUAUUUCAUAGACCCGUUUACUUGUUUAACUGGUUGCAGUUAGCGUAUAUAAAGUACACCCCCCUUGUCUUACCAUUUAACGUUGCCAUCUUACUAAUUCUGAUCAUAGGUAGAACUCUGUUUACCCUCCGGUAAGCCUGAUUAAUGAAUUAUAUGUAGUUAUUGUAUUUAUUUAUUAUUACAUUUAUACCUAUAUUUUGCAAUGUACAUUUCUAUGCAAUAUUUGUAUCUAGUCAUUUAUAUAUUUUAAAUAUUUACUUUUAUGUAAUGUUAAUAAACAAUUCGAUAUAAUGUUAAAAAA